AUGACGACAACGUUUCCCCUACCACUCGAUCAUACCCUGCUCCAUCUCGUCAAAUACAAUGUCUUCCGAGGCCUGGUCGAGAAUAAAAUGAUACUCGAUCGCCUGACGAUGCAGUAUCAGAUCACCAACAAGAUUCGAACUGGGCCAUUCUCCUACUUUGCAUCAUUUCCCAACUCGUCGGUGAUCCUACCGGUGGUCCCGAAUCCCUCUGCUCGUUCCCUCACGCCGACCGCUUCACAAAUGACCAUGGUUCACUCAUCAUGGAUCAACGUCCUCCCGUUCCCGGCCAUGAGAGAAAACAUGAUCAAGUGGGAGUCAGACUUUGAUCAUUCCGAGUUGGUGAAAGACUUGGUCGGCAACCUAAUCAACUUAAAACUGUUUCCAUCAGUCCCUCCGUCGUCUUCGAGGCGGCCGGCUCAUGCCGGCAGACAGAUAGUCCUGCAAGAAGGAGACGACGGGGAACCCACCGCCAUUACUGAGCCAGGUCUUAUUCUGUGGGGAGAACCCUAUCGGGCAGAGAGCUGGGAGGCAACUCCAGAGUUCCUUCAAAAAUGGGCCUGGGCUGUGGCAGGGUCUCGGGAAUUGAUUGACUCGACCAAUUACUGGAGGUCAAGGAGGGGCGAAAACCCUUUACGGUUGGUGUCUGUCGAUGAUGGCGCAAGUCCAUGA